GGUUUUGGUUCAGUUUAGGAUGGAGUUUAGAAGGAUGGGAGGGAAUUUUAUUGGCACUUACAGAAUACUGAGAGGCCUGGAAGGAUUGUACAUGGAACAGAGAAGAUGUUUCCACUAGGAGGAGAGAUUAGGACAUGCGGGCACAGUCGCGGAGUGAAGAGGCCAACCUUUAGAACUAAGGUAAGAAAGAAUUUCUUCAGACAGGGAGUGGUUAAUCUGAGGAAAACAUUGCAGGAAGCCGACGUCAUUCGGACUAUUUAAGAUAGAGAGAGAGAUGGGUUCUUGAUUAGUAAGGGGAUCAAGAGUUUCAGAAGAAGGCUGGCGAUUGGGCUUCAGAAACAUCACAGCCAGAAUUGAAUGGCAAAGCAGACUGAGGAGGUUGAAUGAGCUAAUUCUGCCCCUAUAUGUUAUGGUCUUAUGGAUUUGACACUAAAUAUUUCAUUGGUCCUUUUGUGAUGAAGCCACUUCUGGGUGCAAGUGUUUUUUUAAAAUGUCUUUAGUUUUUGCCUUAUAUAGUCAGGAAGGCAAAUGCAAUGUUGGCAUUUAUUGUGAAAAGAUAUGAAUCUAAAAACAGGGCUGUACCUCUGAGGCUUUAUAAGGCUCUGGUCUGGCCGUACUUGGAGUACUGCGUGCAGACUUGGGCCCAUAUCUCAGGAAGGAUGUACUGUCCCUGGAACGUGUUCAGAGGAGGUUCACGAGAAUGGUCCAGGGAAUGGAAACCUUAAAAUAUGAGGAACGGUUGAUGACUCUGAGACUAUACUCAUUUGGAGUUUAGAAGGAUGAGGGGUGAUCUAAUUGAAACUUUCAGAACACUGAAUGGCCUCGACAGAAUGGUUGUUGGGAAGAUGCUUCCAUUGGUAGGAGAGACGAGGCCCCGAGGGCACAGCCUUAGAAUGAAGACAAGACCUUUUAAAUUGGAGAUUUGCAGAAACUUCUUCAGCCAGAGAGUUUUAAAUCUGUGAAAUUCACUGCCACAGAAUGCUGUGGAGGCCAGGAAAUUUAAAACUGAGACAGAUCGGUGCCUGAUUAUCAAGGGGAUCAAGGGCUAUGGGGAGAAAGCAGGAGAAUGGGGUUGAGGAACUUAUCAGCCAUGACUAAAUGGCAGAACAGACUCAAUGGGCCGAAUGGCCUAAUUUCUGCACCUAUGUCUUACGGUUUUGUGGUCUUAAAUAAUUGCAGGUCUAAAACCUUUGAAAGCCCAAACUCUGAGAAAGAUGAAGAACCAAGUUCACCAAAAGAGACAGCAACAAUUUCAAAUUCUGGAAAUGUUGACAGUGCAAAUGGUGAGGAAAAUGGAAGUUGUGUUUCUUCAGGAUCCAGCGAAAUAAUUGCUGACAUCGGGAACAAUGAUAACAUUCUGAGCUGUGAGGAGCUUGAAAAUCCAAUUCCUCCAAAGACAGUUGCUGAGAUCAGAAAGUAAGUAUUGAUCCAAUAUGUGAGGAAAUGAUGCUUUAAUCGGAAUACAAAAAUAUGAAGGGCAGCUGCUGGAGGUCUGGCAUUUUCAGGAGCAUUACAUAGAGGCUAUCUCCCGAAACUUAGCAGCAUCUGUGGAGAGAAAGCAGAGUGGGCGCUUUGAGUUAAGGUUCCCCUGUUUAGAACUUCACACCUCUGAAGAAAUGUCACCUGGCUUCACUUGAACUCUGUUUUCUGUCUGUAGAUGCUGCAAAACCUGUAGAGUUUCUCCAGAAACAUCUGCCUUUCUUUCAGAUUGCCGGUGUCCAUAGUUUGUUUGUUUUUACAUUAAAGAAACAGUUGGCUGUUGUUCUAAUAUUUGCUCUGUUCUUAGUGUUGUAAAAAGAAAUUUUAGAUGGAAGCUUGUGGUUCAUGCUGCAGGCCUUCUGCUGGAUCUGAAACCUGGAGGCCUUGGCCGAUUCCAGCGGUGACCAAUACAGAGAUUGCUGCCGGCGUUACUCACCAGUUGACGGUUUGGAUCAGUUUUGACAGCUGCUGGUCCAGUGAAAGGGAUGGCAGAUCAGCAUCCUUCUCAGCCCAACUGUUAAUGCUGAUUGUCACUGAGGUUGUGUAUGCACUGUCCCUGGAACGGGUUCAGAGGAGGUUCAUGAGAAUGGUCCAGGGAAUGGAAAGCUUAAAAUAUGAGGAACGUUUGAGGACUCUGAGACUAUACUCAUUGGAGAUUAGAUGGAUGAGGGGUGAUCUAAUUGAAACUUUUAGAAUACUGAAUGGCCUGGACAGAGUGGAUGUUGGGAAGAUGCUUUCAUUGAUAGGAGAGACUAGGACCCGAGGGCCCACUUUUAGAAUAAAGAGGAGAUCUUUUCAAUUGGAGAUUUGGAGAAACCUCUUCAGCCAGAGAGUGUUGAAUCUGUGAAAUUCACUGCCACAGAAGGCUGUAGGGGCCAGGUCAUUGAGUACAUUUAAAACUGAGACAGAUUAUCAAGGGGAUUAAGGGUUAUGGGGAGAAAGCAGGAGAAUGGUGUUGAGGAACUUAUCAUCCUGACUGAAUGGCAGAACUGACUCAAUGGGCCGAAUGGCCUAAUUUCUGCUCCUCUGUCUUAUGGUCUUAUGGUCUUAAUGAAUUGCAGGUCUAAAACCUUUGACAGCCCAAACUCUGAGAAAGAUGAAGAACCAAGUUCACCAAAAGCGACUGCAGACAUUUCAAAUUCUGGAAAUGUUGACAGUGCAAAUGGUGAGGAAAAUGGAAGUUGUGUUUCUUCAGGAUCCAGCGAAAUAAUUGCUGACUGUGAAAGUGUUGAGUCCAAACACUGUCCGAAUUCUGAUGAAAUUCAGAAUUUAAGUUCACCGGAGAAGGGAGCGACAGUCAAGAAAAGCAUAGACUUCAACAGAUCAAGCUUUCUAGAAGAAUAUAAUUUCAGUCCUGCAGAAAAGGAAACACUAAUGAAAAUUGCUAUUCCUGAAAUUCUCGAAAUCUGGCUGGAGGAGUCUGCCGAAGACUUUCGUCAAGUUCCAACUUACUCUUGUCUCCGGAAGGUACUUUCCUACUUGAACCAGACAGUGCCAGGGUCAGAUGCUGAACAUCGGGCCCAGAAACUCCUGAGUUGGUUUUUGGCGGAGGAAACAGCGGAGAAAGAGAUGUUUAAAGGCUACCGUAGAAGAGUCAGAUUCUAUGUGGGAGAAGAACACGACCAAACCAUCGAACAAGUUGACGAAAAGCUCCUGUCCUACCCAUCACGCUUCAUUGCAGAGCAGCUGACUUUUAUGGAUGCUGAUCUUUUUCGGAAACUUGUGCCCAGCCAAUGUUUAGGGUCCAUCUGGUCUCAACGAGGGAAGGAAGAAAAACAGCAUCUGGUAUCAACCGUCCAGGCCACCAUGACACAGUUCAAUAAUGUUACAAAAUGUGUCACCAGCACCAUAUUAAGACGCCAACAGUUGAAACCAUGGCAGACGGCUAAAAUCAUUGAGAAAUGGAUUGAUGUUGCCCAGGAAUGUAGGAUUUUGCAGAAUUUCUCGUCAGUGCAUGCUAUUACCACUGCAUUGCAAUCAAAUAGUGUGUUCAAUUUGAAGAAGACUUGGGCAGCCGUGUCAAAGAGCAGUAAGACAACAUUUGAAGACCUUUCAAACAAUGAAGAAGAUAACUUUGUAGCGAGUAGAGAGCUGCUAAUGGAGGAUAUCGUUCAGGGAAUUGUGCCGUACCUGGGAACUUUCUUAACAGAAUUUUCAGCACUGGAUUCGGCUUUCCCGAAUUACCAUUCAAAUGGCUUGAUCAACUUUGACAAGAGACAAAAACUCCUCUGAACUCGAGAAACCGCCAAAGCCCAAAAAGAGUGUGUUUAAACGCCUCAGCUGCCUGUUUUCAAAGAGAGGUGUUAAAAUACACAACACUCAAACUAAAAGCUCUGAG